GUCUCAUUUUCAGACACACUAAAUAGAGUAUAUAGAAAGAACAAAUUACACUUAAUUGAUGAAUUUGUGAUAAUUCAGACACACUUGAUAGCAAAAUAUAAAAUAAAAAAUUUAAACAUUUCCACUUCAUACGCUAAAAAAAAAAAAUUGUUAGAAGUUCAUGCACUAAAUUGAUAAUUAAUCUAAGAAUAAAAAGUAAAAAUAAAACACAAUGCAAACGGGGUCGUUUCAUUCAUAUCCAGUCUCUUCUUGACUGUUUUGAUUUAUUCUUUUCUUCUUCACCAAAAUCUCGAUACACAUUGCUGACCUAAACAGAGAUCCCUGUAUUCAUUGUAACAAUGGCGUUGAGACUGGGGAUGCUAAAAGCCAGCAGUGGCAAUAACGGAUGCACUUUUGGGCUCUUGAGAUGGAUUCAUGCAGUAGCCAUUUCCCCGCCGUUGGAUUGUUCCCUCCAUCGCACGGUCGCACCUACACAUAUGGUUUUACCGGAGUUCGAUCAAACCCCAGAGAGUAGUAGCAGUAGCAACUAUAAUAACAACUUAGAGUUUGGGUUCCCGAGUUUCUCUUUUGGUGGAUCCAUGGAACUGAUGGCCGUUCCAAAAAAGAAGGUUUCUCCCCACAAGAGAGGCAUACGAAAUGGACCAAAGGCUUUAAAACCAAUUCCAGUGAUUAUCCGUUGUAGGAGCUGUGGUAAGGUUAAGCUGCCGCACUUCUACUGUUGCAGUGGAGACAGAGGGAAGACCGGCGAGCAAAAUAGUUAAGCAAACAUAUUUUAGUUAUCUAGCUGCUAAGAUUAGUGAACUAUAGAGCUCAAUAUGUAGAUUUUUCUAUUCAUAUUUGAAACUUUAUGCAAUUAUAGAAAUUUGGAUUGGUAUCUUUUUAGCUAUUUGGAUUGUAUUAUGCUACUAUUUUGCUUGUGUAUUGUUAAUAAUUUUCUGUCUCCAAUAUUUAUUUCCUGUGAAGAUAGUUGACUGUUGGAAUGGUA